AUGGCCGUCGCCGUGGACUCAGAUAUAGAUCAUAGCUAUGAGAUCAAAGAUCUCCAACAUUCGCUGCGCAGCGCAACGCUUGAAAUAAGCCUUGCAAGAAGCAAACACUCAGUCGAAGUCGUUGCAAAGGACGAGGAAAUCCGGAAGCUGCGAGUCAGCCAGUGUCUCCUGGAGAGCGACAACAGCGACCUCCACGAACAGCUGGAGGAAGAACAAGCCCGCUCAGACGAGCUCGAAAACGCGCUGGACGAUGCGCUUCUGACCCUAGACGAACAGAAAGCUGCAGGCGAAGCGGCGCAGAACCAGAUUCGCACUCAGUCGCGCGAGAUCGCGAAUCUCAAGGCCGAACUCAAGGCUAUGGAAAACGUCACAUCCGACUCGAACAAGAUCCUUUCCGAAAAACUCGCCCUGUCCCGCGAGAUCUCAUCGCUGCGCCCAGAAGUCGAGCACCUGCGCGCACAAGUCGAAUCGAACCAAGGUCUUCUGUCUGAGAAGCUAUCCCUACAGCGCCAGCUUACCACACUACAAGUCGAACUUGAGAACGAGAAGCGAACUUCUGCCCGUACCAUCUCGAAGCAGGGAAAGAAAAUGGAGCAAGACGAUGAGCUGCGUAAUGAGCUGGAGGAGGUCCGCAAAGAGCUUGCUACUGAGAAGAAAGAUCGUAUAAAAGCAGAAGCUGCCGUCGCAAAGGCUGAGAAGGCGGUCGAGAAGGUACAGGCGGACCUGGAGUCUCAGCAAAGAGUGACCGAAAAGCUGGAGGCCAGGCUCGAGAAGCUUGCUAAGAAGGACUCGAAGGCGAGCAAGCGCGACGAGGCGAACGACGCUGCGCAUGAAGAGCUUCGCCAGGAGCUGGAGCAAGAAAAGGCUCUACGCGCCAAGGCUGAGAAGGCGCUCAAGAAAGCUGUCUCUGAGAACGCAGAGGUUGAGCAGCUCCGAGAGGAACUCGAGCUGGAGAAGCAAGCGCGUCAAAAGGCAGAAAAGGCAGAAAAGGCAGCGAAGAAGAGCUCUCAGCAGACGGAUCAGGCUGGCGAUGCACAGAGGGAGCUUGACGAGGAGAAACGCGAGCGUAAGAAGCAAGAGAAGGAAUACACCAAAACGCUAGCCGAACUCCAGGGCCGUAACACCGUUCUGGACGACAAACUCAAUGCCUUCCGGGAGAAGCUACGAACAACAAAAGAAAAGCUGAAGGAGAAGGAAGCCCAGCUCGAGCGCGUAGAGCGUGCCCAAACCGCACCACCCACCAAGAUCGCUACCGAAGCCACAAAGGCUGUUAAGAACAUCCGCAAGCGCACCGCAGCAUCCGUCGAACCAGAGACAAACCUAGGAACCCCCGGAGACGCGCCAGCAAAGCGCUUCAAGCGCGGCACCUCCGUGUCCGCCAUGGGCGACACAUCGACCUUCUCCCUCACACCCUUCUUGAACCGCACAAGCGCCGCUCCAGGUUCGCCCAUCGCCGAAGAGGACGAAGACGCCGAAGAAGAAGCCGCCCCCAUCAAAGCACCGAAACUGAAGUCAAGCAAACCCCUCGCCCCCACCGCCUCCGUAAAAGCAAACCCCAAGCCACGCAAGAAGACAGCGCUAUCGUCCGUCCUCGCCGCCGUUGAUGAAGAAACCUCCGAAACCUCGCACAACACCACCAAAGAACUCUCAGAAAACGCACCCACCAAGAUCCCCCUCAAAGACGCCGACGACAGCACUGCCCCAACCCUCAAGGCAAAAAAAUCCUCUGCACCCAAACCCCGCAAAUCCCUAAUGUCCUUUGCGAAUUUCACCGACGAGCCGGCAGCUGAGAAGAAGAAGAAGCGCAAACUCGGCGCCACAGCAGGGAAAACGUUAUUCGAUGCUGAUGAGGACGACGAGGAUGGGUCGCAGCCGAAGCCCGUUGGCCUGGGAGUGGGAAGUGGGAAGGGCUUGUUUGCGGCACGGGCGCUGGGGAAGAGCGUUCUGAGUAAGGGGAGCAGGCCGAUUAGUGGCGGGUUCGGGAUGUUGAGUGAGGAGGCAUUUACAUUUAGUCCGUUGAAGAAGGAUAGGAGACGGGCGGGGGAUAGUAUACUGAAAUGA